CUUUGCUGGGACGACCCAAGCUUUCAAAAGCUUAUGUAGUAUUCGACUUUAUAUAUCCUUGUCUGACCUAAAAUUCAGCUUCGCCAGAUUUGGACUUGAUAAUGACUUAUGCUGACACCAUAAAGAAUAUCUUGACGAAUCAUAUUCUAACGCAAGUCUUCUAGAAAUUCUAUAUCCUAUCUUACGUAAGAGUUGAUCGGUAAUUUGGCUGGGGGUUCCACCACCUUGAGUUCACUCGUCCAUUACCCCUGGCGGUUUUGAGGGUUCCCUCAUGUUGUUUUCGUUUUUCUUUCGACCCCUCGGGCCCCGAGCGCUCGAUGCUGUCUGAACUGCCUGCUCUCAAUUUCAUCUACAGUUCGGUCCAUCGAGCGUACCUUAAGGAUACGGCGUGUCAAAGCUCUAUCCUGCCUCUGUCUUAUACAUACCAACCAAAUCUAAAGCUUGGACUUCAGCGGGUCGUUUCCAUCCUCAUCCGAGAUAGGUUUCGCAAUUGCUGGCGACAGCAAUCGGUUGCGUCCCUUGGGGUGGGAGCAACGCAUACAAUAUGCGCUCUCUUACGAACUUGCUGAACAUUGCGUGCGCUACCCCACCACCUACAUUAGCACGGGAUGACUCUCGUCCCAAGGAAAAUGUCGUCCUCGCAGAUUGUACUGGGUCACAGAACUCAAGUCAAUUAUCAUCCGAAGUCUCAUACUUCAAUCAACUUCCAAAUAACCAGCCAAGUGACAUCGCACCCGUAACUGAUGGGCAAUACCGCGAUUGGGCAAAUACGACAACGUCGGCAUACUUCACCGAUACUGGGACGACAUUCAAAGCUGUAUUAGGAGAGCGUGGUAACGCAGGCGACUACGCAGGAAUAGGAAACAACGGUUACGCGAACUUCUCGUGUUGGCAAAUGGAGUCAACGUACUUGUAUAGUCAUGACGGCAAAAAUUGUUUUGCGACAUACGAGUGCAAUCACCUGACAUCCCCAAUUCCUAUUCCGUCAGCCUCACCUCCCGCGGCUACAACAUCAUCGACAGCAACAUCGACUCCAGUAGCUAGCUCAGGCCUGUCAGUAGGCGCUAUAGUUGGUCUCAGUAUCGGAGUAGCCGCUGGGGCAAUACUAAUCGCAGCCGUGGUUGGUUUCUUGAUAUGGCGAUAUCGACGCUUGAAGAAACAAAGUGAAGCCGCUACUAGCCCCCAAGAUCCAAGACUGGAGGCCGGUCAAACCGGAACACCAAAAGGACCACCACUAACGAAUACAAUAUGGCAGGGGCCAGGAGCGAGGGAGUUGGAAGCACCACAAGUUUACCAUGAGCUACAUAAUAUUAAUCGCCCCGUCGAGAUUCAAAGUGCCCUUGUAAGAAGCGAGUUGGAUGGAUCUAAUACAAGGGUAGAGCUUCAUUCUCAUGACUUACCUCCUCGAUAUGAAUUCGGGAAUCCGAUAUCUCCUGAAGCUUACGGAUGCAACAAAGGGCCUGUUUAUCACGUCAAUGGUGUAGAUGGAUAGGACGAAUUUCUUGGAUGGUGUUAAAAGGGGUCACUAUUCUAGGAAAUGAUUACUUUCAACGGGCACACUGUUCUUCCACGAGCACGGGAUUCUAGGCUAAGCUAAAAUAAUUUCGCAGAGGAACUCACAGAGAUCAGCUUAGAGUUUACCAUGGAAGGUUGAGGGAGACUGAAUGGAGUAUGCACUCCUAUCAGCGGUCUUCAUCAAAAUAUUCCAUGGGUCCUAAAUUGAUACAACCAAUCUGGCUGGUCCUAUAUUGGGAGCGGGGAUUUUGGACAUGCACCGCAAGAAUGCCAACAUAUUCCUCAGUUAGUCAAUGAGCCAUGACUUAGGGGAAGGAGCUAUGAAAUGUACAUAGAAACGAUUUCAUGAGAAUUGAAUCGAGAAAGAUCUCCAAACAAGUCCAAAGGCCCUUACUCAUGCCGUGUUACGCAAACCUUGGUUAUCCAUACCCCUUUUUUUAUUAGUACCUGAUAUGCUCUGGUCCAACUCUAUUACUUUCAUCGCUCUCUCUACUACUCUUGUUGGGACAUGUCGAAACUUUCGGUGAAGCCCCUAGGAACAAAUUAACUAUGCACAUCUAAUCUCCGCUGAUAUGACCAUGUGACACUUAGAUGAUAUUCCGCCAGAUCUGACUCAAUCAUAACAGCAGCUGAAUUGUU